AUGCUGGAUAAAAAUAAGUUGUACGACAGCAAAGCUCUGGGCAGUGCAAUUGGCGAAGUACUCAAGGAGAAGUACCGAAAAGCAGCCCACCGCACUCGAAACAUUUUGGCUAAGCAACCUUCGCCAAAAGAAAAGCUGGUCAGAACCGUCGAGUUGGCUGCCGAGUUCGGUCAGAUGCCCGAGCUAAGGAUUGCUGGGCGCAAUCUUGGAAUCGUUGCCUACUACAAUCUAGACAUUUUCCUGUUGUUGACUGUUUCGUUCAUACUCGUCAUUGGCUUCGUGGCAUAUCUUCUUCGAAAACUCGUUUUAUUGUUAGCCACAGGUAAUGUACUCAAAUCUAAAACGCAGUAG